AUGAGCGUAGGGUCGCGUUUGGCGCAUCUGACGUCAGUGGCUGGGUCGGCCCGGUUCAACAACAAACGUUCACACCAAGAAGUUCACUCUGCCAUCGCUCUAUCUUCAAUGGUCCGCAAGUGGAUUUUGCGCUAUGCUUCAGCAUUGAAGCACGUUGCACGUGAUCUAUGGUCACCCUCGCCGUACCACCACCAUAUCUGCCAUGCCAAGACAAAAAAGGUCCCAAAAGGUAUUCAUCUGUCCACUUACAGGGUUUGCCCUAUAACCGUGAAUAACUAUCAACAGGAACCAUCCGAGCACAACGCGUCAAGCACUCGAUGGUGUCCAGAGUGCAAGAUCUCUGUAGGACUCAGCUUCGCCGGCGAGAAGAACUGGACUCAACACGUCGAUAGCGCCGCUCAUAAGACGAACGUCCGCCAAGCUGCAGCCAUUCCAACCAAGAAGAUCAGUUCGUUUUUCACCAAGACGGUGACACCUACCGCCUCCUGCCCCACUUUCCGCUGUCUAAAGACCAGCGUCCGCACCAGAAAGAUGGCCGCCCCCGCGACGUAUACUGGGAUAGCCAUAUCUAACCUGGUGCGGUCGAUGGCUGUGACUGCGGGUGCUUGGCAAAGCUUAAUAGUUGCAUGGGGAAACCCAACAAUUUUCACUGGCCCUUCCGUGUUUCCCGUCCUUACCGUACCACUCACUGGGAUAGGCGAGUCUUCCACUCAACCGAUGCUUCAACGUACUGACUUCGCCAUUAAUAGAAGCCUGCAUUGUUCAGUUUUUUUUUGCCUGGUGGCGUUUAUGCAAUUAGCGGCUGCGAUUGUCAGUGCCCGUGGAGCAGCUCUGAGAUACGUUCUCUUUUGCCAUAUCUGCGAGAUGCUUAAAGUGCUCAACCUUUCCAUCAAAAUCUUUGGUUAUGGGGGACCUUGA